GCUGGCAUCCUUUCAGAGGCCUCUGGGUGUCCUUUUCAGGGAAACGUGAUCCUCUGGAGGGGCGGUAAUUUUAAAUAUCUGAAAGUGUCCCAAAUCAUCCUGAAUACGUGAGUAUAUAAGUGAGUGUAUAGCAGGUGGGUGUAAGUAAAGUUAGUGAAUUGUAAACUUUAAAUGGGUGAAUUGUAUAGUAUGGGAAUUAUAUCUCAGAAGAGCUGUUACCAAAAAAAAAUAGUAUCUGAGUGGGCGCAGACUGAAUUGGGGGUACAAGUGCCAUACAAGUUGAAUCACGACGUUGGUUCAUUUUUUUUUUUUUUGCCUUUCGAGGUGGGCACAUUCCUUUAGGGGAAUUCGUUCUUUCAAAGCAGGCUGGCAUGUCUGAAGAGAACCUACUGACUCCUGAAGCACAGACUUCCCAGCAUUGGUCCCCACUGUUCCCAAAGAACAGGGCUUUGUGGACGUGGACAGAGUAGCAAUGGCCUCAGCAGAAGUAUUUGGUGACAUGAGGUCAAGAACACGUGAUUAAGUGAACAACAUCCCUGAAAACAUCCUUACGUGAAAUUCAGAAUGAAUCUCCCUGGGCUCUUUCUCCCCUGGCCGUGGUCACUGGUAAGAGUGAGACACCGGGUCAGUUCUGGGAAGGGAAUUCUUGCAGUCAGCGCUGGCCUGGCGCUUUACACGUUUAUUCCUACAUACACCGUCUCCGUGGCACCCUUGUGUGGGAGGUUUCAUUUUCCGCUUAGCAGGCAGGGAAGCUGAGACUCAGAAGUUAAGUCACCUGCAUGAGGUCACACAGCGGCUGAAAAAGCCACGGGGCCACGUGCAUACACCUGAAGUGCAGAGGUGAUCCGCUGCCCAGCACCAGCUCUUCUACGGGGACUGAACCCUGAGCUGGGCUCCAGCUGAGCGCCAUGUAUGUGCAGUGAGUAUCGUAUGUAGGAUCUCUGGGGUGGCCAGGACGGGGCCUCCAGGGUGAAGCGCAGGACCUUCCCUGCAGACUUCCCUAGGAGACCAGAUGAGCAGGCUGCCAUUUUCUUGUCCAAGAAUUGACAAAAGUGGGGCCUGGCCACAUGGGGGCCCAAAAGGCCUCCAGUCCCGUGACAGCUGGUUGUGGCCGUGUCUUUAAGGCCUUUAGAGCACUGGGGCCUUGGUGAGCCCUGGGCCAAGGCAGGAGCAGAGCAAGGUUUGGGGAGGGCGUCCUCAUCGUGGCCCCCAGUGGGUUAGGCCCUACAGGGCCCCUUCUCACCUUCCACCCCCCUCCAGAAACGGGAGCACCUGUGGGUAUUUGGCCUGUGUCCCAAAAACAGCCCAAUUUUCAGACUCUUCUCUACAGCCUCUUCUCAAAAUCUGGACUUUCCGAACUCCAGGAACUCUCUGUCUUCUGUCCUGAUUCUAGAGACUUCCGAGGAGAGAAAAGGACCCUUGAACAAAUAUGUUUGAGGAAAAAAAUGCCUCCUCAGCCCACCUCUUGGAGAUUCUUAUUGUACUUUUGCCCGGUAAAGGCUCUGAGAAGUCCUGCAGUACAGACACCCAUUGAAUGUUUUUUAAGCCCAGUAUGUCCCAAACCUAUAUGCCCAGGGAUCCCUUUUCCACCCUUACCCACUGGGAAACAUUUGCUUUAGAAUCUCUCUUCUCUAACUCUUAGACCCCUAGAACUAAGUUCUUGCAUUUGAGCUGUGGGAGAAGCAGAGCUGGGACCAGAACCUCGGGGGGUGCUUGGCUUAUUUGACAGAUGGAUGCAGAAGGGAUGGACACUGUGUGUGAACAUGUGGAAGGGCAGAACCGGGAAAUGAGUGCACUGCCACAGGAAGUGGUGAGGGCCUCAGCCCACCCUCCCGCCCCUGCCCCCUUUCUCCAAGCCCAGGGAGCUGGGAAGAGCGCAAUCUGGAAAGGCCUAUGUAUUUCUGUGGAGGGCAGCCACCUGCGGGCAUCACACCCUCUAGGUUCACAGCCCUCAUUCCCAACCUUCUCCACCCCCCAGAUUUCUCUCCAGAACAGGGUACUCACCACCCCGAAAACCGAGGACAUAGUACUCUGGAGUGGCCUCCAUGAGGCCAUGUUCACCCCGGCGACUCCCUCAGAGCAGCUGGAGAAUUCUGAGCUACGGCAGGUUUCAGAGGAGCUCACAGCCGCUGACCUCUCCCAGACCACGCAGUAUCUUGAAGAUUUUGGUCAUGUCCAAGUCUUGGAGGCUGCCCAUCACCCCGAGCUCCCGGAGACAGUCUGGCAUCACCAGGUCCCAGGGCAUCUAGAGGAGGAGGAGGAGGAGCCUGCCCAAACAGUGCCAUUCACUGGGCCCCGGGAGCCAGGGCAGCCUGAGCCUGGGCCUGGGUGUAGACCCGUGCUGGGGCUGGAGCCCAAGCCCGUGGCUGCUCCGGCGCCUGUGCCAGAGCUGGGGCCCGAGGUGGGGCCCAGUCCAGCAGCUGGGUUCAUGCCAGCUCCUUGGCCUGGGUUUAGACCUGGGCCUGCACCUAGACCUGAGCCUGCCCCCAGCCAUGAGCCCACACCGCCGGGAUUCUGGCCUGAGGCCUCAGGAGGCUGGGCUGCUCCUAGAGGCUUGCCUGGGGCUCCAGCUUGGCCCUUCAGGAGCUUCGGCCACCCAGCUUGGCCCAGGCCCAUCAGGCCCCCUGCCUGCCCAGACCCAGGGCCUCAGAUCCCCACCACCGGCCUCAGAGCCCGGCUCGCAUGGCCUCCUCCACUGCACUCACAGUCUCACCAGGCAGAGAUGAACCGACUCCCGUCUAUCUCGGAAAAAGGAGAAUAUCUCUCCCGCCACGUGACGGCCCCUGAGGAUGGGGCCUCUGAGGCUGAGGCCCCCCAGGAAGCACUCCCUAAGGACCCCCGGCCUGGGCGGCUGGAAACCACUGCUGCCAUUGCAGCUGCUGCCCCCUCGGCAGCCCCGGCAGCCGAGGCCACUGCCAGGGUGAUCCAGGAUGCCCCUGCUACCAAAUUGGCUGCCAUUGCGACGACCGUGGCCACACCUGGGCCCUUAGGGGUCUUUGCAGACGUCCUGCACAUGGGCCCUUCCCGCAGGGCCGUAGCCUCCGUGGGCUUCACUGGCAGCACCGAAACGGAAGACUUGCCAGAGGUGGAUGUUGAUGUACCCUCUCUGUAUGCUGCUAACUUCCCUCCCGAUGUGGCCCUGUCCCAGGCCAUACUGGCCACUGAAUAGGCUGUGAGUCCCAAAGACAGGAAGGCAGCUGUCAGGUAUGCAAUGAGCCAUAUAGCCCAGAUGCCUGUUAGACACAACUACCUGCAAGAAGAGUUUGCCCAGCUGUCAUCCAACCUGCAGCAGCGCUUGUCCUAUCUAGCUAAUAUGGGCACCCCUUCCAAGCUUGGGAUGGCAGUGGACAUAUUGCAGGAAAAGACCGUCGACCUCCAGCCAUCCAGGAUGAAGGAGGAGGAACUGGAGAGGAUUGGGGGCCACUGAAUCGGGAUGAUGAAGGAUCACUACAUGGUGCUGGGGAGGGCAGUGGAGCUGCAGGCUCACCUGGAUGAGCUAAAGGUUGUCCGUGCUCAGAUAAAAAACCCAGAAAUGCACAAGGUGGACAAAAGCGUGAUGGAGCAGGAGCUGAAAGAGAAGGCUGACAGGAGUGCCCUGGCAGGCAAGGCGAGCAGGGCUGACCUGGAGGCAGUGGCAGUGGGGCUGAGCGAGAUGAUUCAGGGCCUGCUCUUCAGGGCUGGGGCCCAUGAGGAGGGCUGGAGGAAGGCUGAGGAGCGACUGAGUAAGGACCUGAACACCACGCUGGUCCCCAGUGAUUUGGAUGGCCUGAAGAAAGAUGUGAAUGAGGUGCGGAAAAUGGUCAGGAAGCUCCUGAUGGAAGGCUUCCGAUUUGACCCCGACAGCGCUGCAGGCCUUCGGAAGCACCUUACCACCAUCCGCAAGGCCCACCUGCUGUUGAGGCUGCAGCCAGCCAGUGCCCACAGCUAUGAGUACCUACAAGGGCAGAAGGUAAGGGAACAGCAGCAGCUGCAGGUCCAGGACCUCGGACACCAGGAGGGGAGCCGGGACUCGCCGAGCCCCCAGCCAGACGAGGGUGAUGGCCCUGGAAGCGACCUUAAGUUCAAGUCAUACAACUUGUCAAUGCUCUGCCCACACGGGGAUCCCAAAUGGUUGGAUUAUGACACUAUGAGCUGAGGUGUGGAUGGGAUCCUGUACAAGGGCCGAAUGACCAACCAGGACAUGGCGUGGCCUGUGACCAGUGUGGAGAAGGAGCUGGCAGCUGUGAAGGUUCCACCCCCCACUCGAAACCUGUAUGACCGGGAGCACCCAAGCGCCCAGUUUGGCGUCAUCUACCCCUGUGAGUACCUGCCCCCACUUGGGUACUGGCAUGUCUCGGGGGCCCCCAGUCCCAGCCUGGGCUCUCCUGCCCCACCUCAUCCAUCACUGACCUGCCCAGCCUCCAUCCUGGGCUCCUGCCCCACUCUUCAGCGGGGCUUCCUGGCUUGGGAGCUGUCCCCGGGGGCCCAGCCUGGCGUCUGUACCCCAGUGUCCAGCCGGCUGCAGGGGUGGGCCGCCAGGCUUGGGGCUUCUCCUCUCCCUGGGGCGGGUGACCCUGUCAGGCCAGCCCCUCCCCAGAAUGUCCUUGGUGCCCUUCCAGCCCUGCAUCCCCAUGCCAGCAUCUGCUCAGCCACCUCAAGAGCCCCCACCACGAUGCCAGCUUGGCCUCCAUCUCUGUCACCCCUGCCACUACUGCCACCACUGAUGCCCUCUGUGCGAGAUCCCCAGCUGGCCCCCAGGGCCACCAGGCAGCCACGGCCUCAGCACGAGUCCUGAGCCAGCACACAGCCCUCCGAGGAGCCCAGCAGCCCGGGAGCCGCGAGCCCUGCGUCCCAUCACUCGCCCGUCUCUGGCUGCCCCUUCGCUCCCAUACCUGCCAAGCCCUGGCCCUCAGCCUGGCCUGGGGAAGCUGCAGGGGCCCUGGGCCUGGGGGACGGGUUUCUAGGAGGGACUCAUUUUGACCCAAUGGCUGCUUAUAAUAUACAUAUAAAUAUAACACAUCCUUCUUAUCCUUUCUUUCAUGGAGAACACAGCCUAUAGAUUGAAUUUCCACUAAGCCAAUUUAAUUUCUUGACCAGUUUGCAGUACAACAAUUCAGGCGGUUUUAAAAACAGUCACUUAACUUUUUAUUUUGCUGGUGAUUUCAUCAGGAUCAGUUCCAAUCCCAGCUACUGCCGCUGCACAUUCUCCUUGGGGGCCAUCGUUUCCAACCAAGAUCAGCUUCCUCAUGGGGACCAGAUCUCACGGCCUGCGUCCUUUGUGAGCGUCGAGCCUUUCCACCAGCAAUCACCGUCACGAGUCGGGUAUUUUGAGCGUGACCGUUUAUCCCCACCUCCCGGCACACCCCGGGGGAACUGGAGCCGGGCCCUGGGACUCCCCCGGACGGCUCUGCCCCCCUCUCGGCCUCGCAGCUCCUCCCCUCCUGCUCCCCGGCUCUGUCCAGCGAUCUCUCCUUUCUGCACCUCUGACACUUCUCUCACAUUUCAGAAAGACUAAAAAAACUUUUGCAUGGUUUUGGGGAAUGACCCCCCUCCCCACAACACCCAGCAGAAGCCCCUGGGACAGCAGAGCAAGUCGGGGAGCUGGGAGCGGGGUGGG